GCGUAGUCCAAACGUUUUAGAUUUUUGUAGAAGCUUCUUGGAACCGUAGAUUAGAAUCGGACACCUUGUGAAUCGAUAUGGACAGCGUUUGGCGGUCAAUGACGGGUCUUUGAUGAACAUUUGUUGCGAACCGACGGUAUCGGGAUGAUGACGUGGCAAACAGCGACGACUCGGAACUUUACUAACGUUCAUGUUGCGGAAAUAAGCAGGGGCCCGGGAAGGGAGAGGUGGGAGGGCGCGGGCCGUGGGCAGUGCCCUCCUCUUCGUACGUCCUCGUCAACACGAUGUCCGAAUACGUCAUACCACCACCGUGGAUGCCACGUGGCAUGCCCAGGGGCUGUGGUUAGUUGGAGGACAGAACAAGGGAGAUUUUGCCAGGGCCGGGGAGAGGAGUCGUCCGUGCUGUCAAAUGAGACAACGACGGCAGCAGUGGCAGGUACGAGGGGAAAACGUACAAAGCACAUUGUUGGUCAUGCUGUUUUUCGCAGCAGGGGGACACGUGGCAGUGUUUUGCAGCAACCGACGCUGGUACUCGGGAAGGAACGGCUGCGAGGGGAGGCUGUGCCGCCUUCGUCUUUGUGUGAAAUGGCAACUGAGUUGGGGGCCAAGGCUGUGAUCCUGGUGAAGUGGGAUGGACGAGGUUGGAGCGGACUGAAAGCAACAAGUGGCAGCAGAAGCAGGCCCAUUGGCGGCGGCGGCCUCGUGAUGCCUUCGGCGGUUGCCUCCUCUUCUUCUUUGGACCAAGGAUCAUCGGUCUCUGUCCUCGUUGGGAAGCAGCAGUCGUCUUCGUCAUCAUCGCUGUCAUCACCAGUAGUCAAGCCAAUAAGACAAGGAGCAUCCAUGACGAGCACGUUGAGUACAGGUGGAGGAAGAGAGUGGAGCGGAGGCGGCGAGGGGGAUGUAACGAUGAAGAAGAUCGACAGUGGAAAGGAAUCGCCACAUGCCAGGACAGUGUCUCAGGCAGAAAGGCGGCAAAUAGCGACGAUUCACGCGCCGGCAGAGACGCGUGCGCGGAUGUCGUUGGCGGAGUUAUCCAGAAACGACCAGGCGUUCCUAUACUUAGGGUUUAUUGCUUGUGUGACAAGUGGCGCCUUGUCAGCGAUGCUGUUUGCGGCAAUUCCAACUUUAUUAGCGAUGAAGAAGGCAGCAGAGGCAAUGGAGAAGUUAGCAGACACAGCAAGGGAGGAAUUGCCAGGAACUAUGGCGGCCAUCAGAUUAUCAGGAAUGGAGAUAAGCGAUCUGACGAUGGAACUUAGCGACUUAAGCCAGGAAAUAGGCGAUGGGGUGCGGAGUUCCGCGCGGGCAGUACAAGCGGCGGAAGACGGGUUGAAACGGGUGGGGAGCUACGCUUCUGCUCAAACGAUUGCGCUGCUGCAGGAGCGGGCAAGCAUUCCCGUCACAGCCGUCAAGCCGGCGGCGGCGCGGGCGGCGGACAACACACGGCAAGCGAUCAUGCAGGCGCGGAAGGCAGUGCAAGAUCUGGCCACCGUUCGUCGAUUGACAGGAUGGCUGGCGAAUCGGAGGGGCGGGGAUGAAGGGAAAGGGAUGGGAGGAGGAGGUGGUGGUGGGGCAGGGAGUGGCACAGCUGUAGCAUCGUCGGCAGCAGGGAAGGGGGCGGAUUUUUCUGCGGAGGAGAGUAGUGAGACUGCCGCAGGGACUAAUAAUAAUAGGUCGUCGUCUCAUAAGCAUCAGCAUCAUCAGCAACCGCAGCAGCAGAUGAAGGAUGGGAGCACGGAUCGACCUCCCAACGGAAAAGACUCGGUGGCAAAGUGAACAAUGGAGAUGUAAUUUCAGAAAGGUACAUAAAAGUGGAGAAUCGAAAUAUGGGAAAGGCGAGAAAAGCACAGAGAAUGUGGAAACGGAAAACAAACCAUGAUGUGGUGGAUGUUUCUACUUCAGCUUUCCAAAUCCGAUGGAACGGGCAAUGGUUGCACAGGUGUCUUUUCCAAUUUGAUUGGAAGUUUCCAUAAAAGUGUGAUGCUUAGGGGAGUCCGGGGGGUGGGGCACCCCACAGACACACACAGAGAGAGAGAGAGAGAGAGAGAGAGAGAGAGAGAGAGAGAGAGAGAGAGAGAGAGAGAGAGAGAGUAGCGUGUGUGUGUGUGUGUGUGUGUGUGUGAGAGAGAGAGAGAGAGAGAGAGAGAGAGAGAGAGAGAGAGAGAGAGAUGCAGUUGCGACAUGAGCAUGGAGAAAACCUUGAGAGAGGGACUAUNGAGAGAGAGAGAGAGAGAGAGAGAGAGAGAGAGAGAGAGAGAGAGAGAGAGAGAGAGAGAGAGAGAGAGAGAGAGAGAGAGAGAGAGAGCUGGAGAUCAUUAAGGCAGGAGGAAGGGGAGAGCACUGUAUUAUAUGAAAGGAGAGUCCGGUUGUUGACCUCAUCAACGUAUAGGAAAGGUGUGCUCAUUUCCUUUGCAUCAGUGGCCAUCGGCUGGAACAGUGAACCGAGGACUUGGUGCUGGUUCCAGUCAUUGAUUACUUGAUUGAAUGAUCUAGUUGACUGAUUGAUCGAGCGUGUGAGUUUGGUUGAUUGGUUUCAAUCCAUUGACCGGUCGAUUGGCAUGUGUGUUUGGGGAGAGGGCUGGAGGGCAUGACAAACGAUGGAGUAGUGGAAUCGGGGAUCUAGGGGAGUAGUAUGCCGACCAGUGAAGGGGUGGAGGUAAGGGGGAAGAAGGAGCAGUUGUAUAGACAGGUGGAUGGAUAGGUGGACGGACAGCGAGAUGCAACUUGGGAGGAUUACGUGGUGAUACUGUUGGGUGAAAGCGAAGCAGAGGUUAAAGCAUCACAGCGGCAAAGACUGAACUCUUGGUUUUUGAAUGGCAACAGUGUGCUCAGUGAUAAUGUUCUUGGCAGUAACCUCGAGCUCAGUAGGGGUCCACCCCUAUGCAAUAUGGGGUUGGCUGUACUUAAACCACUAGUACCUCUGAACCUCUUUUUUCCAACGCGCAAUUUCGCCUUGCCUAAAUAUGGAACUACGGUUCAUGCAUCAGCAACUAGUUAUAACUGGGGUAUGUAUCAGGGGGCCGGGGGGUGCGGGGAAAUAAGUUCUUGCAUUAAAUG